AUGCGUCACAGUGCACCCGGUGUUCAGCGAUACAUCCGUGCGCCACUCUCCGUUUUUGAAAUGAGCUCCAUCGGUACAGGUUAUGACUUGGCCGCAUCGACAUUUUCUCCCGAUGGACGAAUCUUCCAAAUUGAGUAUGCACAAAAAGCAGUUGACAAUAGCGGUACAAUGAUAGCACUUCGAGGGAAGAAUGGUGUCGUGACAGCUGUUGACAAAGUUAUUACGUCAAAGAUGUACGAAGAGAAUGCCAAUCCACGAAUGUUCAAUGCAAAUGAGAAUAUCGGUCUUGCUCUUGCUGGUGUAUAUCCAGAUUGUCGAGCUUUGAAAGAUUACGCUUGCAGUGAGGCGAUCAAGUACCUCAAGGAUUAUCGUGAACCAAUGCCAGUGCAGAAGCUUGCCGAUGCUCUGGCGCAGUACGUCCACCUCUAUACCCUCGGUAUCAGUCGUCCAUUUGGUGCUUCUGCUUUCUUCACAUCAUGGAACAAGAAGGAGGGAGGUAAAUUGUACCUUGUAGAACCAUCAGGUCUUUGUUAUGAAUACAAGGCAUGGGCAGUUGGAAAGCAUAGACAAGCAGCAAAGGCGGAAAUAGAAAAAUUGAAGUUGGAAGACUUUGAUAUGAAAGAUCUAGUCAAAGAAGCUGCUCGAAUCAUUAUUGCAAUUCGAGAUGAGAACAAGGACAAAGAUGUCCAAAUUGAACUAGGCUGGGUUGGAGAAGCUACAGAUGGGCGACAUGAGACGGUACCCGUCGAUGUAGUUGCUGCGGCCGAGGAAUGGGCACGUGCCAAACUUGAUGAGGAUGAUAUGGACGAAUAGGCGGCUAGUUCAUUGUUUUACUUGUACGGUUAUCCGAUUUCAUACUGUUGAGCAAUGAUUUCCCUUUAAUAUAUGAAUUAAUUUAUUUGUUUUCAUGCGAUAGAAUGUGUGAUUGAAAUUCGGUCAAUUAUAAAACUUAAUAAGUUUUA